AGUUUCUGGACAAAUUUCAUCGCUAUCUGCGGAUGACCCCUUCGAGCUUUGAUAUGUUAUUGGAGCUUGUUUGUGACGACAUCCAGUGCCAGGAUACGCACCUCCGGAUUGCAGUGUCGCCAGAACAGCGCCUUGUGGUGACCCUCAGAUUUUUGGCCAGUGGAGAGACCUUCUCAUCUCUCCAUUACCAAUUCCGAAUGGGAAAAUCCACCAUAUCAAAAUUUGUUCCAGAAACAUGUGAGGCUAUAUGGCGGAACCUUCAGCCCCAGUAUCUCCCGGAACCUACCACCUCUAUGUGGAAUGUAGCAGCAGAGGGUUUUUGGAGACAUGCCAACAUUCCGAAUUGUGUAGGGGCCCUGGAUGGCAAACAUGUCCGGAUCAAGAAGCCAUGUAAAAGUGGAUCAGUCUUUUUCAAUUACAAAAAGUAUUUCUCAAUAAUCCUUAUGGCAAUAUGUGAUGCCACUUAUAAAUUCAUGGCAGUAGACAUUGGGGCCUAUGGUCAAAACAAUGAUGCCAGGGUUUUCAAGGAAUCUAAUUUGGGUAAAGCCCUGUAUGCUGGCACCUUUAUGAUCCCUGAGCCCAAACCAUUACCUGGCACUGAUGGACCUGCCCUGCCCCAUAUAAUCGUGGCUGAUGAGGCAUUUCAGAUGUCUAAAAAUUUACUAAAGCCAUACUCUGGGAGGAGGCUUAAUCCACAGAGGCGUAUCUUUAAUUACCGCUUAACGCGUGCUCGCAGAUAUGUUGAGUGUUCAUUUGGGAUUCUUACAAACAAAUGGCGGAUACUUACAACCAGCAUCCAAGUGAAGCCAGAAUCUGUGGACAAGAUCAUCCAAGCUUGUGUAGUACUACAUAAUUUCUUGAUAAAUAUGGAGCCCUCGGGAAUACCCACAAUGGAAGAAAUAUGUGAAUUUAAUCUACCCGGAAUGGAACCAUGUCCAGUUAGAUCCACUAUGUCUCUCAUGCAUAUACGGGAUCAAUUUUCUAACUAUUUAAACUAAGA